GUGCUCUCCCCCAGGGCUGACCCCAAGACCACGCACAGAUGAGCAAUUGACCACAGACUUAAAGGUGCCCCAAGGGCAAGACUUGGGCCUGUGGGGACCCAGAAGGGCCCAGCUUAACCCCUUCCCGCCUGCCUGUGUGGUUUGGGGAGGCUGGUAAGGCUUCAGGAUGCACUGUGCGGGGGUGGUGGCCCCGCAGCUGGGGCUCCUGCGGUGGCACUUCUACGGGGGGGGGGGAUGCCUGCCCCCUUAGGCUGGGCCCAGAACAAAGAGGAAGUGGGCACUGCCCAGGCUGAGUGGACACACAAGAGUUAACUGGCGGGGCGUGACAGGGCGAACCGCCCUCAGGAAGUGUUACUCACCACCGGGAAUGUGAGCGCGCUGUUGCCUUGGGGGCUGGAUUCUCUUCCUGAGUCCUGGGAGAAACCGGGAGAAACCGAAGGAGCUCCCAGCCAUGGAAACCCCUGGGGAGCCAGAAGCAGGCCCUCUCGGAGCCCCCAGCCUGUCCAACUUCGCACCUGGGCACCCGGAGAGAGAAAAGCCAGCCCAGGACCCGCUCUACGACGUGCCUGGGGCCAGCGGGGGGCCGGCAGGUGGGCCCCAGCGGCCCGGGCGCACCGUGAGCCUGCGGGAGCGCUUGCUGCGCACACGGCCCGUGUGGCUGCAGCUCCGGGCCAACGCGGCGGCUGCACUGCACGUGCUGAGGACUGAGCCCCCGGGGACGUUCCUGGUGCGGAAAUCUAACACUCGUGGGUGCCAGGCCCUGUGCGUGAGGCUGCCCGAGGCCAGCGGCCCUUCGUUUGUCUCUAGCCACUACAUCCAGGAGAGCCCUGGGGGCGUCUCCUUGGAGGGCUCAGAGCUCACGUUCCCAGACCUGGUCCAGCUCAUCUGUGCCUACUGCCAUACCCGGGACAUCCUUCUCCUCCCACUCCAGCUCCCCAGAGCCAUCUGCCAGGCAGCCACCCACAAGGAACUGGAAGCCAUCUCCCAUCUGGGCAUCGAGUUCUGGAGCUCCUCCCUCAAUACCAAGGCUCAGCCGGGCCUGUCUGAAGGCCCGCUGCUGCCCCGGCUGAAGCCCCGGUCCCCGCAAGAGCUGGACCAGGGCACAGGAGCCGCCCUGUGCUUCUUCAACCCCCUGUUCCCAGGGGACCUGGGCCCCACCAAGCGGGAGAAAUUCAAGAGGAGCUUCAAAGUACGCGUGUCCACGGAGACCUCCAGCCCUCUGUCCCCACCUGCCAUGCCACCUCCCCCGGUCCCCGUGCUGCCGGGGGCGGCCCCCAACCAGACAGAGAGGUUACCCCCUCACCAGCUUCUGCGGAGGGAGAGCUCUGUGGGGUACCGUGUGCCAGGGAGCGCCAGCCCCAGCCUCCCACCCCUGCCCUCCCUCCAGGAGGUAGACUGUGGCUCCCCCAGCAGCUCAGAAGAAGAGGGGGCGCCAGGGUCCCGGGGAAGCCCGGCCACCUCGCCCCGCCUGGGCCGCCGCCGCCGGCGGCCGCUGCUUCGGUCCAUGAGCUCUGCCUUCUGCUCCCUGCUGGCCCCGGAGCGGCAGGUGGGACGGGCAGCCACGGCGCUGGUGGAGGACCGACACACGGCCGUCGGCCAGCUGGUGCAGGACCUGCUGACCCAGGUGCGGGCCGGCCCCGAGCCCCGGGAGCUGCAGGGUGUCCGAGAGGCACUGAGCCGGGCUCGGGCCAUGCUGAGCGCGGAGCUGGGCCCUGAGAAGCUGCUGCCGCCUGAGAGACUGGAACACAUCUUGGAGAAGUCUCUGCAUCGCUCCGUGCUCAAGCCUCUCAGGCCCAUCCUGGCGGCCCGCCUGCGGCGCCGGCUUUCUGCCGACGGCUCCCUGGGCCGCCUGGCUGAGGGCCUCCGCCUGGCUCGGUCCCAGGGCCCUGGAGCCUUUGGGUCCCACCUGAGCCUGCCCUCCCCGGGAGAGAUGGAGCAGGUGCGUCAGAAGCUGCUGCAGCUGCUCCGUGCCUACUCACCCAGUGCCCAGGUCAAGCGGCUCCUGCAGGCUUGCAAGCUGCUCUACACAGCCCUGAGGACCCAGGCCGGGGAGGGGGCAGGGGCAGAUGCGUUCCUCCCGCUGCUGAGCCUCGUCCUGGCCCAGUGCGACCUUCCCGAGCUGCUGCUGGAGGCUGAGUACAUGUCAGAGCUUCUGGAGCCCACCCUGCUCACCGGAGAGGGUGGUUACUACCUGACCAGCCUCUCGGCCAGCCUGGCCCUGCUGAGUGGCCUGGACCAGGCCCACGUGCUACCCCUGAGCCCCUCCCAGGAGCUACAACGUUCCCUCAGCCUCUGGGAGCAGCGCCGCCUGCCUGCCAGCCACAGCUUCCAGCACCUCCUCCGAGUGGCCUAUCAGGACCCCAGCGGUGGCUGUACCUCCAAGACCCUGGCUGUGCCCCCAGGGGCCUCAGUUGCCACCCUGAACCAGCUCUGUGCCACGAAGUUCCGAGUGACCCAGCCUGACACAUUUGGCCUCUUCCUGUACAGGGAACAGGGCUACCACCGCUUGUCUCCUGGAGCCCUGGUCCACAGGCUUCCCACAACCGGCUACCUCGUCUAUCGCAAGGCCGAGCGGCCCGACGCCCAUGGGGCCGCACCUGGGGCUACAACAGAGAGGGACAGUGGGGAGCUGGAGGCAGGGGGCAGGGAGGAGGAGGAAGGGGGCCGGGGAGAUGGGAUCAUCGAGGUCAAGGCCGGUCCUGGGGACAGCAGGGGAGAGUCUGAGACGACUGCCGAGAGGGUGCAGGGAAGCGUGGGCCAGGCCAGGGGGGGCCCUGCCCCACCGGGGGGACCAGAGGCUGAGGGCAGCAGAGCAGCAGAGGAGUAGCCGGGAGCGGCCAGAAGGGCCAUUUGGGACAGAAAACCCCCGCGCUUGCUGGGAAGGCCUUCCAGAGCCGGCCAUCAGCCCCACCCCUCUUAGCCUUCCCCACCCCGGGCCGCUCCCAUGUCCGCCACCAGCUCUGUCUGAUAUUUGUCUCUGUGAUCACACCUGCUGGGGUGGUCCCCAGACUGGCUGCAGCUGUAGCCCCAGAGCACCGGAAUAAAGCGGAGGGGGGUCUCCCCGCCGGAGGUCA